UCUCCAUGAAAAAUCAUCACAAGCUGCCCUUCACGAGGGAUCCUCUUUGACACUUGCAUAGUUGCAUUAAUGAUUAAGUCUUGUGAGGCCUAAUUAGACCGAGCUCUAUUAAUUUAUGCCAUCCGUGCUCUUCUCCCUCGGUGUAAGAGUACUAGAGCUAGAUGGGUGUGAAUGCUAGCAAGAGCAAGAUGAUGAACAGGAGGAAUUUGUGUGACGAAAGGGUUGGAGGGGUGAUAGAGAAGGCUGUGUUUCUGCAGAAGGAAGUGAAGGAGAUGGUGUAUGAGAGGGAGAAGGAGAGCAAGGGUAAUUAUCAUGAGCGGGACAUGAUGGUGUUUGCAUUCAAGGAGGCGGAGUGGAAGCAAGAGAGGAAGAGGCUGAAAGAGGAGGUGAAGAGGCUGAGGAAGAUGGUGGAAGAGAAAGAAGAUAAGAUUAGAGGGAUGGGGCAGGCGCAGGUGAGUGAGAAAGGGCAAGAAUUGUUGAGUACUAGCUUCUUGGUGGAACAAAUGAGGCAGGAGAGAGCUCGGCGUGAUGAGGCUGUGGAGAAGUGGAAGCACCUCUAUCUUGCCAUUAAGACUGAGCUUGAUCAUCUCAUUCAAAGGACAGAUCGUGGGGAUGCACAGUAUUGGAGAUCAGAGGAAGAAGACAUGAUAGAGGAGUUACAGAAAGAAGUGGUUGCCAAGGAAGAGACCAUCAAAGCCUUGAAAGCGCAGCUAGCUUCCAUAGAGCAUGAGGAUUACAAGAAGGAAAGGGAGAUUGACAUAUUGAGGCAAAGCUUACGAAUCAUGAGCAGUAAGAAGAUGGCUUCGCGAGCCAUCAAGAAUCUUCCCUGAAGUUUGUACUUUGACUAUAUAAUCAUUACAUUGUCGGUGCAUAGAAAAUCACCUUGGUAAAAUAGAUUAAUGCAUAAUUGGCGUACUUGAAAGUUGAA